AUACUGUUUAGUAUUGUUAUUUUUUUUUAUUUAUUAUCGCCGGAAAAACAUUGUUCCACUUGCUUUCAUUACAUGACCUACUCAAGCCACCACGACACAAAACAUAUAUUGUUCGUGAAUUCUCAAUUCUCACUGUCUUUAUUUUUUAUCUGAAAAAAAAAAUAUUCUUCCUUCUCUUUUCUGAAACUCCUUAAAGCGAAAUCGCAAAGGGUGUCUUGGAAAGAGAGGGUUUGAUUGAAAAGCAAAGAUCUUUAAGGAAAGAGAAGAGAAAGGGCAACAGUUUUGGUUUUCGGGGGCAAUGGGGGAUUUGGAAAAGCAACAGAGGGCGGUGGAGGGACGGGAGGAAAAUGGGGAUGAUGAAAAGGAGAGUCUUUUGGAGAGUCCGGCGGUUGUGGAUUUUGACAAGCUCUGUUCCUCGGUGGCGUUGCGAAGUUCGCAUGGAAGUUGGGGGAAGCUUGGGGGCAGGGAUGAUGAGCAGCAAGGUGGGGUUUUGAGGAUGUGGGAGGGUGAACUCCUCGAUUGCUUUGACGAUCGCCGCAUCGCUCUUGAAUCUGCGUGUUGUCCUUGCUACCGAUUUGGGAAGAAUAUGAAGCUAGCUGGUUUUGGUUCUUGCUAUCUCCAGGCUAUAGUUUAUAUUGUCCUUGUUCUUGGUGCCCUCGUUAGUUUCAUUGCCUAUACUAUCUGGAGGGUUCAUUACUUCCUAUACCUAGCGGUUGCAUUCACCAUUGCUGUUGGAGUAUACUUAGGAUUCUACCGAACUCGUAUGCGGAAGAAGUUCAACAUCAAGGUGACUUUUUCUUCCUAUACUGUAAUUGUUUAUGAGCACUUAAUUAUUCCUAGACAUGUUUUGAUGGAGUUAUUUACGUGUUUUCUUCUCCCUGAAUUAUAA